UUCCCCGCACAGUGGCAGUGAAAAACAGAGCAGUGCUGCGACUGAGCGAGAAGAGUCAGUACCAAAACACACGCGCCAUGGCUGCAGCAGACACAGGCCAUAGUGAAGAAAAGAGAACCCUGACUCUCAGAGGUCAUGUUGGUUUUGACAGCCUUCCAGACCAGCUGGUCAGCAAAUCGGUGUCCCAGGGGUUCAUCUUCAACGUGCUCUGCGUAGGUGAAACAGGGAUUGGGAAAUCGACAUUAAUGAACACCCUCUUCAACACAACUUUUGAAAAGGAAGAGUCCAGCCACCACCAGAACAUUGUGCAUUUACGCUCCAGAACCUAUGACCUCCAGGAGAGCAACGUGGACCUCAGGCUAACCAUUGUGGACACAGUGGGCUUCGGGGACCAGGUCCAUAGAGAGGAGAGCUAUAAACCUAUUGUGGACUACAUUGAUAAGCAGUUUGAAAACUUCCUCCAAGAGGAGCUGAAGAUCAGACGUUCCCUCUGUAAUUAUCCCGACACUCGGCUCCAUGUCUGCCUGUACUUCCUCUGCCCCACGGGGCAUUCCCUCAAACCCCUCCACCUCCUCACCAUGAAGAGGCUGUACACCAAGGUGAACAUUAUCCCCAUUAUCGCGAAGGCAGAUACGAUCUCCAAGUGCGAUCUUCAAAAAUUUAAGAUUAAGAUCAUGAGUGAACUGCUCAGUAAUGGUGUCCAGAUUUACCAGUUUCCCACGGACGACGACGCGCUUAAAGAAAUCAACUCGUCCAUGAACGCACAUUUGCCGUUCGCUGUGGUGGGGAGCAGUGAGGAGGUUAAAGUGGAGACCCAGCUAGUGCGGGGCAGGCAGUACCCGUGGGGUGUGGUGCAGGUGGAGGAUGAGAGUCACUGUGACUUUGUGAAGCUGCGUGAGAUGUUGAUCCGUGUGAACAUGGAGGACCUGCGUGAGCAGACCCACACGCGCCACUACGAGCUGUACCGCCACUGCAGACUGGAAGCCAUGGGUUUCCGAGACCCCGGCACUGACAGCCAGCCCUUCAGUCUGCAGGACAUAUAUAUGACAAAGAGGAGGGAGUUCCUCACUGAAGUCCACCACAGAGAGGACGCCAUGCGUCAGGCAUUCAUCACCAGAGUGAAGGAGACUGAGGCCCAGCUGAAGGAGAGAGAGAGAGAGCUCCAUGAACGCUUCGAGCUGCUAAAGCGCUGGCAUGAGGAGGAGAAGAGGCAUCUGGAGGAGAAAUGUGGGGAGCUGGAGGAGGAGAUGAGCUCCUUCAGUAGGAGGAAGGUAGAGGCGGACAAGCUGCAGAGCUCCGUCACGCUGCCCCUCAGAAGGGAUAAAGAGAAGAAAACCUUCCUUACUCUCCCAUCAGAAUAUUCCUUAACAGGAAGGAGUCUGAAUUAGGAUUUGGAUUCUCCUUACUGGCUUUUGCUAAAGGAUUACAGUUCAUUUAUUUGUCAUAUAUAACCAACAGACUGACUGAUUUAUUGUCUGGCAGUAAUAUAAAUGUCACCCACUUGGAUAACUACUUAAUGCAUGCUUACAAUAUAAGUACGUUAGGAAUCUCAGUAGAACUGCCUUUAAAUCAAUUAAAUUCUUCUAUGGCCACAACAUAGUCCAAAGAGUUUGGAAUACAUAACCUAUAAACGUGAGUGGCAAUGGCUCGUGUGUGUGUGUUUGUUAUUUUUUUGAGUAAUUCUUGUAUUAAUUGUGAGUUGCAUUCACUGUGAAACAUCGAAAUUUACUGUGAACCACAAGGUGGCGCUGUGCAGCUGGUGAAACGGCAGUGCUGACUUUCUCCAGAAGAGACCUUUCUAAUGUUGACUAAUAAUCUUUUGUGGAAUCCAGACGUUUUAACAUUGAACAUACGCAAUAUGGCACAUUUAAUAUUCCCUUGAACAACAGGCCUAUUUUGGUAAUAAGGGUCGCCCUUGAAAAUCAUCAUUCCAACUGACUACCUGAAUUGGAGAUGUUUAACUGGACUGUCUUAAUUGGAAAUACUGUUUAAUUUAGAUUUGGGUUUGUUUGCCUUUAAUAAAGUGUUAUUUUAAAA